AUCACUUUUCACCAGCUGCCAAGUACUCUUCAAUCGAUAAUGUUGCCAAUCCUUCAAAGAUUCAGCGGAAGCCUCGCAUGGCUACUCAUGACACCCCCCGGGCUCAAUCUCCAGUCUCUGUAUUGGACGUAGCUCAAGACACAGGUUCUCACGCUCAACGCUCUCCUAUUAAUGAAGCCAUGAUCGAUCCACAGCUACUCGAAAUCGACCGCUCCGCGCGAAUAGACUAGAAUGUGAUGCCCUCUCUACUACGACAAGUAUUACCAUGGAAGAAGAUGCGCCGGCAAUGGCUAUUACAUCAGCCUACAGUGUCCCCAUUGUGUACCUGACCAAUCCAAGUUCCGGCGGGGCGGCCCCCAGGUCCUCCGUAGGCAUCUUCAAAACGAUCAGGGUGAGACCUUCUUUUGGCCUGCAUGGGAGGAAGAAGUGAUAAGAGGUGCGGCCGGCAUUGGGUAUCCGUCAGGAAAGUCAACUGGCUUAUUCAGAAAAGCCCGGGCAACGAAUACGACACGGAUGACGACACGACUGACGAUGAGACUGAGAACGACGAGGAUGAUGACGCAUGGGCGUUCGGAAACGGACUUUGAGCGUGCGAUCACAGUACAAUGUGACAGUACUGUACGUUUGAGGGUCCUUUGAUAGCUUUGGUUCUCAAGCAGCGAGAGUUGUCCUGAUAAGUUGAUUGUGGACCGGACUAGAUAAGACUCUGUCGGAUUAGCUAUAUUGGAGCUGAAGGAUGGGCCUAAGGAUUAGAGGCUGCAGACUGAUACGCGAGUGGUAGAGGUUUGAAAGCUUGUAAUCUGCCAUGAGUUGUCUUUCAAAGAGCUAUCUAUGCUUUCACAACAACCUAAAACUGGUUGCGGUUUACAUAGUUAGAAUAUGGCUAGUGAUUCUAGCCUAUAUCAGACUAAAUCUGCCUUCCGUUUGCCCCAGGAGAUUUGGUUGGUUAUACUUCAAC